AUGGUGGUAAUGGUACCCGAGCUGAACGUCAGGGAAGAAGAUAAAAAUGAAGAAGGAUUGUGCCCUCCUUUCUGGAAACUCUUCUUCUUGUCUUUGGAUUUUUGGUUGCCUAAGAGCUGGAUGCAAACCAAAGAAGAUAAACUCAGGGAGUUAACCCAUGUGUCAAUUCAUGCUGGCUCUUUUGAGGUUCAUAAUUCUGAGAAUAUUGUAUUAAGGAAUGGUUCUGAGACCUUUGAUUCCUGGAAGAAGCCCCCUCUGCCUGUGUAUGCCCAGUUCUAUUUCUUCAAUGUCACCAAUCCAGAGGAGAUCCUCAGAGGGGAGACUCCCCGGUUAGAAGAAGUGGGGCCAUAUACCUACAGGGAACUUCGAAACAAAGCAGAUAUUCAAUUUGGAGAUAAUGGAACAACAAUAUCUGCUGUUAACAACAAGGCCUAUGUUUUUGAACGAAAUCAAUCUGUUGGAGAUCCUAAAGUUGACUUAAUUAGAACGUUAAAUAUUCCUGCAGUGACUGCCAUGGAAUGGGCCCAGCUCCGCUUCCUCCGGGAGCUCAUCGAGGCCCUGCUGAAGGCCUAUCAGCAGACGCUCUUUGUGACACACACCGUGGAUGAACUGCUCUGGGGCUACAAAGAUGAGAUCCUGUCCCUCAUCAGUGUUUUCAAACCGGAGAUCUCACCCUAUUUUGGCCUGUACUAUGGGAAAAAUGGGACUAAUGAUGGAGACUAUGUUUUUCUAACGGGAGAAGAUAAUUACCUUGACUUUACAAAGAUUGUGGAAUGGAAUGGAAAAACGUCACUUGACUGGUGGACAACGGACAAGUGCAAUAUGAUUAAUGGAACAGACGGAGAUUCUUUUCACCCGUUAAUAAACAAAGAUGAAAUUCUUUAUGUCUUCCCAUCUGAGUUUUGCAGAUCAGUGUAUAUAACCUUCAGUGACUUUGAGAGUGUGCAGGGACUGCCUGCUUUUCGGUAUAAGGUGCCUGGAGAAGUACUAGCCAAUACCUCAGACAAUGCCGGCUUCUGUAUACCUAAAGGAAACUGCCUGGGCUCAGGAGUUUUGAAUAUCAGCAUCUGCAAGAAUGGUGCACCUAUUAUUUUAUCUUUCCCACACUUCUACCAAGCAGAUGAGAGGUUUGUUUCUGCCAUAGACGGCAUGCAUCCCAAUAAGGACUAUCAUGAGACAUUUGUGGACAUUAAUCCUUUGACUGGAAUUAUUCUAAGAGCUGCCAAGAGGAUCCAAAUCAAUGUUUAUGUGAGAAAGUUUGACGACUUUGUUGAAACGGGAAGCAUUAGAACCAUGGUUUUCCCAGUGAUGUAUAUCAACGAGAGUGUUCUCAUUGAUAAAGAGACUGCGAGUCGACUGAAGUCUGUGAUAAACACUACUCUGAUCAUCACCAACAUACCCUACAUUAUCAUGGCGCUGGGUGUUUUGUUUGGUUUGAUCUUCACCUGGCUUGCAUGCAGAGGACAGGGAUCCAUGGAUGAGGGAACCGCAGAUGAAAGAGCACCCCUCAUACGAACCUAACUGUGGCCCGAGUUUGGGGAAGGAACCGUGUGAGCUGUCCUAACCUGGACCACAACGUGAGGAAACUAUCCACGUCUUCAUGGGCAUGGUGCCUGCUGCAGAGAGGAGGGAGGAGACCCCGUGCUGGCAAGCGACGAGAGCAUUCCGGCAGGAGGUUAAAGAACAGACUGACAUGGUUGGCCAUUAGGCUUUAUAAAAUUGUUUUGUUUUUCAUGUGUCUAGCAAGUAUUUAAUAAACUCUUGUAUAGU